AUGAUGACCAUGAACAGCAAGCAGCAGCACUUCCCCAUGCAUGCCAGCUCUGAAAUGCGCCGGGUGUGCCUGCCUGCACCGCAGCUCCAGGCCAAUCUAUUUGGCGCAUUUGAUGAAAGCCUGCUGGCGGUCGCCGACCUCACCAAGCCGCACUCCACACAGUACCACGCCAUGAGCACCGGCGCGUGCGCCACAUCUGCCUCCUCUGCACCCAUUUCCACCAGCGCAUCCCAUCACCACCACAAUCUGAGCCAGGCGCUGGAGGGAGAGCUGCUUGAACAUCUGUCAUCCGCCCUGGCCAUGGGUGGAAUGGCACAGGAUCCGUCAAUAUUACCCAGUCAGGCGAACCAGCAUCACCUUCAGGCAUGGUGCCACCUUCACCAGGCUGCGACGCACCCGCACUCGCACCCUCAUGCACACCCUCACCCUCAUGCACACCUCCAGAAUCUUCCCGGCGGAGACACGGACUCGGAUCCGAGAGAGCUAGAAGCAUUCGCCGAGCGUUUCAAACAGCGGCGCAUCAAGCUCGGUGUGACCCAGGCAGAUGUGGGCUCAGCGCUUGCCAACCUUAAGAUCCCGGGCGUGGGUUCCCUCAGUCAGAGUACCAUCUGCCGCUUCGAGUCUCUGACUCUCUCGCACAACAACAUGAUCGCGCUGAGGCCAGUGUUGCAGACCUGGCUGGACGAGGCCGAAGCGGCGCACCGCGACACCAGCGCCAGGGCAGACAUGCUGCUGAACGGCAACGGGGAAAGUAAGCGCAAACGCACCUCCAUCGCGGCACCAGAGAAGCGCUCACUAGAGGCUUACUUCGCUAUCCAACCACGACCCUCAUCCGAGAAGAUCGCCGCCAUCGCAGAGAAGCUCGACCUCAAGAAGAACGUGGUGCGGGUCUGGUUCUGCAACCAGAGACAAAAGCAGAAGAGGAUGAAAUACUCAGCCGCGCACUAG